CACAUGUGCAGCCACCAGGCUUCCUCUUCACACAGAGACGACAGUGGUUUGAGCCUAUCAGCAGCAGGCGACAGGGGACAUCUCCAUCUGGACUGUUAACUGCUGAUGCCGGGCGCCACCCCACCACACCUCAACCCCGACGUCUGGCCCCGGUGAUGUCCAGCAUCUUUUUUUGGGGGAUUAGACUACAGCGCAGCACAGUUUUGUUUGUUUGCUGAAGAGUGUUCGAGCAGUUCAUGCGGAGGCAGUGAGUGGUUGUUUGGAUAAGGAUUGAGUAACGAAAACAAGGAGGGAAGAGAAAGCAAAAGAGAAAAAAGGAGAGACAGAGGGAGGGAUGAGAUGUCCAAUGCUUGCCGAGAUAAAGACCUUGGGACCGAGAUGAGAGUGAGAUGAAGGGAUUUGUUUGGCACUAGAGAUAGAUGGAUAGAUAGAGGGAAGGAGGGAAAAAGAGAGAGAGAGAGAGAGAGCGAGAGAGAGAGAGAGAGAGAGAGUGCACAGUGGGAGGGAGGAGAGUCAGAGGAUCCAGCCCUCUGGGACAGUUUUGGGGGUGGACAGAGUGGCUUUGUAUGCAGAACAUCACCGGACACCGACGGGAGGGACGCUGUCAGUUGUUCUCUGUGUGUGUCUGUAGUGAAACCAGACCUACCUCUGAUCCCAGCGCCACACACACUCCUCCAUCUGCUGCCCAGGAGCCUGCCUUCUGCUUCCUCCGGACUGAACCCCCUCGGAGAGCGAGUGUGUUAGAGUCUGACUCUCGGAGGUCAGGAGUGACAGGCUGGGAUGUGGAACUUGUGGGAUUAAACUUUCCAGAGGCUCGGCAGUAACGGUGAUGGCCUGGAACCAUGAGAUGGGUCGCACAGACGCUUGAGUCAAUGACCGGAGGAUCCCAGAGGAAGCUGCACUAGAACCACCCACCACCACCACCUCCUCCAUUUGGCUUGAUUGUACCUUCAGUAUUUCUGCGUCUGAGACCGUGCGUGGUUACCUGAUUGUGUGUGUCUGAGCAGCCCAUGUGGACAGUGAGGCAUGCGGAUCUGAGCAAACCCUGCGCCCCGAUGCCCGCUGCUAUGCUCCCUUGCCCUGCACCGGUCGGGUCUGACUGGAGCUUCCAGAACCCGGUGGGGGUGGACUGCAGCUCCCCCGAACCUCGCUGCAUCUGGCUGGCGGUUCUGCGCGGCACCACAGGCCCUGUGCCACCGCCGUCCCCGCCACCCGUUAUGCCCACUGGGCCCAGAAAAAGCUCUCUUCAGCCCAGGGCUAAGGGGCGGAGGGAUGGUCUCUCCUCAGCCGGUGACAACCCUCGGCCGCCGAUGGCGACCCGGUCGGGAAGGGAGGGGGUCGGCAUGGGCUGGAAGGGUCCCCGGACGCUGGUCCUCCGCAAGAACUCCCAGGGUUUUGGGUUCACGCUGCGCCACUUCAUCGUUUACCCUCCAGAGUCCACCAUGCACACCAACCUCAAGGAUGAGGAGAAUGGAAAUGGAAAGGGGUAUCAGAAAGGUCGCCUGGAGCCGAUGGACACCAUAUUUGUGAAGAACGUGAGGGAGAAAGGUCCGGCCCACCAGGCGGGCUUAUGCACAGGGGAUCGGCUGGUGAAAGUGAACGGCGAGAGUGUUUUAGGGAAGACGUACUCGCAGGUGAUCGCCCUCAUUCAGAACAGUGAGAGCGUGCUGGAGCUCUCCAUCAUGCCAAAAGAUGAAGACGUGCUUCAGUUGGUAAGUGCAUACUCCCAGGAUGCCUACCUGACAGGCAACGAACCCUAUUCAGGGGGAGCUGAGCACCUCCCACCACCACCGCCCCUCUGUUACCCACGCACCAAGACCACCACCCCUGCUGGAGCCCCUCCACCUACGCCCAUGGGCCAGAACCAGCUGGAUAACUGGAGUCGCUGGCCAGGCUCUUCCAGCCCCUCUUCACCCCUGGAUAACCACUCGGCUUUGGGCAGCCCCGCCAGCUGGCAGGAGGGGCGGGCGGGAGAGCCUGGAGGUGUGGGUCACAGCAGCCCAGCCCACCGCACAGAGGAGAUCCAGUAUGGUAUGACCAGCAAGCAGCCUCAGGGCCAGACCAGGGGGCGCUCCUACUCUUCCUCUUCCUCGUCAGGAGGCCCCUUGUCCAGCCCGCUCCAAGUCCACUACCCCAACCACCACGCUGUCAGUCCCCCGCAGCCCCAGCCGCGGAAGUCCAGCUCGGCCUGGACCAGUCCUCCCCUGCCACAGCUCAGCCACGGUCAAAACGAGCGCUGCCAGCAGGCGCUCACUGACUGGUUCUACAGCCAGCAGCCUGAGCAAUCAGGACGCUGCAUGCAGACGCGCCACCGCAGCUACUCUCAGGACCGACUCAGUGAAACAAGGAGGCAGCAGCAGCGGUCGGGUGGCUGGCCGCACAGCGCCUCCCAGGACACUCUGCUGUUAUUGCAGCAGUCAGGACCAGGACCCCACGGAGAGCCCUGCUGGUCAUAUGGAGACUGUGAGGGGGGCCCAGGUAGGGGCCACCAUGGCCCUAACUAUACUCGAACUCGCUCUGAAAACCUUCUGGCCCAGUACGAUCGUCAUGGCCGCUCGUUAGAGAUGCUGGACCGAGCAGCAGCUGGAGUGGUCUCACCUCGGUUUGAGAGGCCGUCGUGGCACCAACAGGCUCCACAGCCGCCCCCCAGGACUGAUGCUUACCCAAGACAGGGGGGACAUUUUGGUGCAUCACAACCUCCUCUGGUACCCCGACACACACAGCCACAUUCUAAACACCACCCACAGCCACAUACCCAGGCCCACUUGCAGCCCCAGGCCCAACAAGCUGCCCCCCAGACCAGGCGGCUCCCCACUGGGCAGAGCAUGGACGACCAGCCGGUGGGCUACCGCAGCUACAGCCCCUCUUUUUACCGCAAGACAGGCCGCAUCAUGCAGCAAGCCCACUCUUUCAGGGACCCCUCAUACUCUGGCCCUCACUUGAACUGGAACUCAACACCUAAAACCAGCCCCCCAGAGGGCACAGCGGCGCCCAUCACCUCCUCUACGGCCUCUCCCCUUGCCUCCACCACUCCCGAAUCCCAGGAUAGAGCUUACAGGCCGACGAACCACGAGAGGGAACGAGGGUCGGUGGAGGGGGAGACGGAGGUGGUGCCACAGACCCAGGAAGUUGUGUUGAGGCAGAAACCUCCCACCGGGCGGAGGAACGCCCACGGCUUGCGCCAUCCCCACUACGCGCUGCCCAUGGACGGGCUGGAACCCUCGUUGUUUUCCUCAGAUCCUCAGGACUCAGCCCCCGCUCCUGGUUCCUCGGGAGACGUAGCCCCGCGCAAACCCAAUGGCAACCUCGCCCCGCUCUCCAUAGAGGAUGACUCUCUGGCCUCCAUCCCCUUCAUUGAUGAGCCAACGAGCCCCGGCGUUGACUUGCGCGCCCGCCACGUGCCGGCGUCCUCCGUGGUGUCCAGCGGCAUGAGUUCGGCGCCCGCCGUUGUCACCAGCCCCGCCUCCCCCACCUUCACCUUCCCCCUCACUAGGCUCUUCUCACACGACUGCAGCAGUAUUAAAUCCAGUCGCCGUUCCUCCUAUCUUCUAGCCAUCACCACGGAGCGCUCCAAGUCAUGCGACGAAGGACUCAACACGUUCAGGGAGGAAGGCCGGGUCUUCUCGAGGCUACCAAAGAGAGUGAAGAGUUUCUUCACCGACGGGUCACUGGACAACCUUGGGACGGCAGAGGAGGUUCGAUCUAAACGUCACUCCACCUCCGAGCUGGGAAACAUCACUUACAGCGACGUGCGGAGAGAAGGAUGGCUGCACUACAAACAAAUCCUCACCGAGAAGGGCAAGAAGGUGGGCAGCGGCAUGCGUCCGUGGAAGCGAGUCUUUUCGAUACUUCGCUCCCAUUCGCUGUUCCUCUACAAGGACAAGAGGGAGGCGGUGCUCCGCGGGGCCACGAUCGGUGGCUCGGCGGAGGACGACCAGCCUAUCAGCAUCCGGGGUUGCCUGGUGGACAUCGCAUACAGUGAGACCAAACGAAAACACGCCCUGCGACUGACCACGCAGGACUUCUGUGAGUACCUGCUGCAGGCGGAGGACCGGGAGGACAUGCUGGACUGGAUAAAGGUCAUCAGGGAGAACAGCAAGACAGACAGCGAGGAGCUUGGAUUUUCCAGACAGGCCCUCAUCAAUAAAAAACUGAAUGAUUACAGAAAACAAAGUCCGACAGGCAGCAAGCCAGACUCGUCUCCCAGGAUGCCCCGCAUGAAACCUCCCUUCCUUCUCACCAAGACAGAGAACGCCGCUGCAGCGCCACGCUCCCCCAAACAAGAUGGCAAAGAUGAGAGCAGCCCGCCAAAGUCUCCGUGGGGAAUCAACAUCAUGAAGAAAACGAAGAAGGCCGGGCCCAAAGCUUUCGGUGUGAGGUUGGAGGAUUGUCAGCCUGGUGUAAUUAACAAGUUCAUCCCAUUGAUUGUGGAGAUCUGCUGCGGCCUGGUGGAGGACAUGGGUCUGGAAUACACCGGGAUCUACAGGGUCCCAGGGAAUAACGCCGUAGUGUCGAUGCUUCAGGAUCAGCUCAACAAGGGCGUCGAGAUCAACCCUGCAGAGGAGAAGUGGCAGGACCUGAACGUCGUCAGCAGCUUACUCAAAUCCUUCUUCAGGAAACUCCCAGAGCCGCUCUUCACCAACGACAAGUACAACGACUUUAUUGAUGCCAAUCGGAUGGACAAUGCAUCUGACAGAUUAAAGACGAUGAAGAAACUGAUCCGAGACCUCCCUGAUUAUUAUUUCCACACUCUGAAGUUCCUGGUUGGUCACCUGAAGACGGUAGCAGACAGUGCAGAUAAAAACAAGAUGGAGCCUCGUAACCUGGCGCUGGUGUUUGGGCCGACUCUGGUUCGGACGUCUGAGGACAACAUGAAAGACAUGGUCACACACAUGCCCGACCGCUACAAGAUAGUCGAGACGCUCAUCCAGCAUUACAUCUGGUUUUUCACUGACGAACUAGACAAGGAUGAAAAGACGCCUGUGGACACGGAGGACGUGCAGCCUGUCCCCAACAUCGACCACCUGCUGCCCAACAUCGGCAGGACCGCUCUGCUCGGGGAGGCCUCAGACUCAACCAACAGUGACUCAGCUAAAUCGAAGGGGUCGUGGGGGUCAAAGAAGGACCUCACAGCGAAGGAUUUCCUGACUCUGUCCAUCAUGUCAGCUGUAUCAGGCCGCAAGCGCAGAAAGCGGCAUAACGGCCGCCGCGUGGGCAGCAGCACUGACGACGACUCAGAGCACGAGCCAAUCAAAGCCGGACAUCUAGGGGCAGAGGAGGAAGAGGAGGCGGCGUCUCCUGUAGGGGACACUGCUCCUCGGGCAGAGGCAGAGGAAGAUGACGAUGAUGAGGAAGAAGAAGAAGAGGAAGAUGAGGAAGUUGUAGAAAGCGGAGUGAAAGAGGAGGUAGAACAAGAGGUGGUGGCGGUUAUUCCCAGUCGGCCGUGCUGCAAAGAGGAAGAGGAUGCAGGAGGAAGACAGGCAGUGAUAUUGCUGCAGGAGGAAGAGGCAAGGGCAGAGGUUAAAGGGCCGGCAUGGCGAUCGCCAGAGGAUGCACGCUCCAUUGUUUCCGGUUACUCCACCCUCUCCACCUUAGGACGCAGCCUUGGGUCAGAGGGGAGGGGGGACGAUGCUGAUGACGAGCACAGCGAGCUGGUGAGCGAGACGGACAACGAGAGCGGCUUUGCCUCGCGCUCCCUCACCCAGGAGAGACCCGAUAAACACACACCCGUAAACACACAACCGCCAGCAGCCCCGCGCAGCUUCCUCUACACACACUACAAACCCCCGGUUCUCUCACCCACAAACCUGCUCGCCCCGCCCACACCGCUCACACACACACCAGACUCUGCGGAGAGGAGUGAAGGAGGAGCGUGCUCCACCACGCCCUCGUCCUCCUCCUUCUCCUCCUCCUCCACCACUCACAGACUGCACUCACGGCCUUCCUUUAACUCCCACAAGCUGAUCCAGUGUGACACUCUGGCCAGGAAGAAGCUGAAGUCGGAGAAGGCAAAGGCUCGCUCUCUGGAGAUGAUGGAGCUGUCCGAGGCCUCCGCCCAGUGCGACGGGGCCGGCUCUGGGUCGGACGGUGCGCCCAGAAUGAGGAGGGAUACAUCCAGAACCAACCCCUCCUCAGGCAGCAGUCAGGAGAGCUUGCGCCCGGCCCGGCCCAAAACUGCUCUGCCGCCCUGCGAGGCCGCCUCCUUCACCCCUACCGGCCCUGGCGGCAGGUCUCUGGCUGAGCAGGUUCGCGCUCGUCUGAUGGGAUCCGCCGACGACCUGCGCAGCGUGGGACUGCGAAAACCGCUCUCACCUGAGACGCGGAGGAAGAGACGGGCCUGGCGCAGACACACCGUGGUAGCCUCCCCGACUGAGACGUCCGACAAGAGACCCCCAAUGAUUGUCAAUGACUUCCCCCUGUCUCCUAUCAAUCAAAACCAGGUCAAAUCACCAGGGCUGCCUCGGGAUGCCGACGUUCUCGAACAAGGACCUGCUGCACGUCAAGUACCCACCUCUAGAUUCCACCAGUACCUGUGAGCCUUGCCAGCUAACACCAACCUCCACUCCCAAGGAAGGCUUCUGGGGGGCUGGGGCCCAGCCAAGCUGCAGACCCCCCUGCGGGUCAUUAGACCCCAGCAGCAGCGUGAACAGAGUUGUGGUUAGUUGCCAGGUGCAACACGGUGAACCAAUGAAACGGUCCGUCAGAGCAGCCCACCCUUUUCUUUUUGAUAAGCUCCGUUUGCAUGGCGAGGGGCAUUCGGGUGUUGCCAAAGCUUUUGUUUUCUCUCUUUCCUAUAUGUGUGCUUUUGUAGAAAAUAAACAGGAACAGGGCAGAGACACAAACAGACCUCAUCACAAUCAAUGUCACAGCCAAGAAUUCUCAUGUGAGCAACCACCGAGCGUCCUUCCCGUCUUCUCUUCCUUCCAGCCUGGCUCACAGACGUAAACAACGGGUUAAAACCCCUUCAAGUGACCAGAGGAGGGUUCGGAAACGCGACCUUCCUGUGUCUCUUGAGAAAAAUGGUGCUUCUUAAUAAAGUGGAAUUACAAAUUUCUCCAAAACAUACGUCUGUGGGCCAGAAGAAUUAAUAGUCAGGUUAAAACAAUUUCAAGAGGGAUGUCAAUUGAUCUUUUCAUAUCAGUCUUCCUUAUCUGUUACUCCCCAGACCACACACACUGUUUAUCUCAAAACAACACACAUAUUAGGUCACAGACACAAAGUACACUCAUCUCUCUCUCUCUCUCUCUCUCUCUCUCUACGUGUUUAUAAUGUUUUUGCGCAACAAUAUUCGUGAUGAUGUCCGAGCGUGCAGGUGUUUGUGUUGAACAAUUUUGUAACAUUUGUACAAAGCCUUGUUAAGUUAACCUUGUAAAUAUAAAUAUUAUGUUAUCAAAUUUGUUUUCACUUUUUUUAGUUCUUUUUUUAUGGUUUACAAAAAAAACGUGCGUACAAGUGCACAGUCAUUUCUUUCAAGAUGUUACUUGAAAAUGUUUCCCUUAAUAUAUUAUUUUUUGUUUUAUAUUCUCUCUAUAUAUAUAUUAUAUAUAUAUAUAUUUUGUAUUAAAGUGAAAAAAGUACUUUUAUUGUGAUUUCACCUCUUGGGUGUACCAGUUCCAAGGAGACGAGAUAAACACGACUAACCCUGUUCCUUAUUUCCUCAUUGAUGGCCUUUCUCUCUGAUUCUCAGCACUGUGCAGAAAACUUUUAUCUUGAUUAAGUCUUAGAAAUAAGUUCAUCUGGUGACUUUAUAUUCAGCAGUGUUGCAUCAACAUGUAGCAAGAUAAAAACAAUGUAGUCUGUUAAUUAUUACACCAUAUUGGACAGUUUGCAGGCAGCUCAGAGCCACACUGUGACAACUGACCUCAUUAUUUGUUUUUGAUAUUCGUGUCUGGGUUUACUGAGCGUUGCCUUCACAGAUCUGCUCAUAUAUACUGAGCUCGAGACAAAGUAUAUCCCCUCUUGUGAUAAAGAGCCAGAGGGGACGCCUGGCAGUGUUUAACAGACUGUUAAAAUAUUAUGUGGUGCGUAGAAACGGCUACAUUUUCACUAUGUUUUCAUCACAUCCCCUUUGAGGGUUCGUCCGUCUGCACUUUUAUUACAUUGAGGUUAGAUGACCGGGGACUUUUCCACAAGGUCAGGCUCUAAUAAAUCCUCCCUGACUGUGGAAACGGUGCAUUCGAGGAAAUGAACACAGAACACCUGCUAACAAUCUUAUAGUUUGUAUCCCUCGUUUCAGAGCCAACGUGCCAACAGAAAAUAACACAAGCAGGAGGCGCAGCUCCCAAAGUCACGAGAGUCUCGCUUGUUUUCAAACGACCAAAAGAAACAACCCCAGUGAAAACUAAAAUAAUAAUAACGAUAAUAAUAAUAAUAAUGAUAAGUUAUAGUCUUGUCUUACCUCAAGAUAUUUUCGACAAGUGCCUGAUUUUUUCUGGAAUGUGUUUUCUUUCUGCAGUGCCAUGCUCAGUUCCUAUCUUUCCGUUUUCCUUUUGUUGUUUCUGGGUCUCCUCCCUCCUCUCCUGUGGUUGACGGUUUCACUGAGGCACCGACCCAAAGAUAUGUGCAUCAAAUACAAGCGGUCUAACUGAGAGGAAAUUACAAAAGAAGAAGCACACUUCACGCCAAGGACAUGUCUAUGCACUCUCUUUGUCUUUAACCCAGGCAUUACACAGCUAUUACUGAUGCUGCUCAGAGGGAGGAGGUGUAGUUUUCUCUCAGCUGCUGUUUCCCUUAACAAACUGAGGCUCUCUCUUUGCCUGGUGAUCCACAGUGUGUGAAUAUGGUACACCUAACAAAAACUCCCUUAGGUCAGAACAGACAACAUCCCAUCGUCCUACAGACGAACCAACAGCCCACUUCAUCAACUCAGCUGGUGUGUGUUGUCUGAAAUGUGAUCCCCCCUCAUGUCUCCUUGUGUUUUUAAAAUCUUUUGUACAUACUAUCUUCAUAUGUAACAUACUGUAUUGUGUACAUUUGGAAUUGCUUUUUGAGUAUAACUAAUAUGAAAAUGACUGGACUUUUAAAAAAAAAGGUUGUCCGCCUGAAACCAUUUCCCCUCAUGGCUGUGUGCUUUAAAGCAAGGUUAUAUGAUGUAAAUAAACAGAACUAUGUUUAAAAAAAAAAAAAAAA